GGAAAACAGUAUGGCAUAUUCUGCUGGGCGUUAGUUGCCCUGCCAGAGGCAUUUUUUAAAUCUCUAUUCAGAGCAGAGAGGGGCGAUGGGCAUGUUAGUAUACAAUGAUCAGAGCCGAGCACGCCCGGCAGGCUGGGGACGGCUGUCCCCAGGAGCUGAUUUGAGAAACUGGAAUGCAGCGAGAUAAUGCUGCAUAUCUGCUAUCAGGCAGCAGAAAAGGGUUUUGUCUUGGGAAGGCAAGCCUUCGCUGCAACGUUAUCUCCGCAGCUCUCUAGCUGCUUAGGCUGAAAACUAGUGACCCGCGAGGAGGGUGUCAGUGUCUGGGAACACACACAGGGGUGCUGCUGUGCGCGGCUGCUGCCUGACAGCCGCAGGGCUGGAGAAGCAGAUUGUUGGCUCAGAGAGCAUCUGCCCGCACGCUGAGGCCGCGGAGGAGAAGGAGGCCCCUGGGUGCCACUGGACUGACCGAGACAUUUGGAUUGGACUUAAUCUGAAAUCUCUGGAGUUCAAGACCUUUUAAAAAGGGCUAAAUAAACAAUCUCUACAUGUAAAGGCCACUGACUCCAACUUCCUCUCUUCAGAGCCACCGUUGAACCCAGCUAGCUGCCUGGAGGAAAACUGAAGACUUUAAUAACAAACCCUCCAAGGUCAGAAUGAAUACAGAUAGCGGUGGGUGUGCUCGCAAACGUGCUGCCAUGUCUGUUACAUUAACAUCUGUGAAGAGAGUUCAAAGUUCUCCAAACCUGUUGGCUGCAGGGCGUGAUUCUCAGUCGCCAGACUCAGCAAAAGGCUUUAGAAGCGUUCGACCCAACCUACAGGAAAAAAGAUCGCCAACUCAGGCACCCCUCCCACCACCCAGAAAAGAGAGCUUGGGUAGCCCCUUGAUAACCAGUCCCACAAAGGGUGACACUUUAGACCAAUUAGUAACUAACACACGAGUCCCCUCUUCUACUGAGCACUUUACUAAUAAAAAACCUCCUCAGAGAACUAUGUAUUCUAAUGAAGAAGACGCCAGCCAGACAAUCGUAUAUUCUGAAGAAUCUAACACCACUGUGUCGUAUACACAGAAAAUCACUAAUCUGCUCCCACCAGCUUCCAGCACAGGUCCCCCACCCAGUACUGACAUGAGCACCCCACUCCUACAGGAGGCCUACACGCAAGAUUCUCAAACUCGGAAAGUCUCUACACUGAAACUAAUCCAUAACCAGGACCUAGGAAGCAGCGUCCCCUUCUCGACCCCACCGUUUUCCAAAUCUGUUGCCGAACCAUCAUUCCUCAAAAGGCCUUGCUCCCCGACCCCUAACCCAGCCCCAGAGAAACACACAGCAUCUCUUUCCAUUCAGAUAGCACCCCCUUCAGGACAGGGUCCUGACAGCCACAGACAGCCACCUGAGUUUUCUCCAGAGACAACAAAGAGACCUCUUCAGCCAGAGAGACAAAAGUCUGCAGUUGCUGCGACCGCCCAGUCCUCAGACUGCCGGCUUGGAAACCAGAACUUCACUGCCAGUGAGCCGGAGAGCCAGAUAACGGUGAAUGGAAGCUCUGGAGGUGCCGUGAGUCCGAUGAGUUACUACCAAAGGCCGUUCUCGCCCUCAGCCUACUCUCUACCCGGCUCACUCAAUUCCAGCAUUAUCAUGCCACAUGGCCGGUCACUUGACCCCACAGAGGCAUACCCCCAGCACGCGCAGUCCCUGGAUGGCGCCCUGGGCGGCUCCAUACCGCUGUACAGGUCCUCGGAGGAAGAGAAGAGGGUGACCGUCAUCAAGGCGCCGCAUUACCCGGGGAUCGGGCCGGUGGAUGAAUCUGGAAUCCCCACGGCGAUCAGAACGACAGUUGACAGACCGAAGGACUGGUACAAGACGAUGUUUAAGCAGAUCCACAUGGUACACAAGCCGGGCCUGUACAACUCACCCUACAGCGCUCAGUCACAUCCGGCUGCGAAGACCCAGACCUACAGGCCCCUCUCCAAAAGCCACUCGGACAACGGCACCGACGUCCUGAAGGACGCGGCCGCCCCCGCCCCGCCCCCACACGUUCCUCCUCCAGUCCCACCGCUUCGACCAAGAGAUCGGUCUUCAACAGAAAAACACGACUGGGACCCUCCAGACAGAAAAGUUGACACAAGAAAAUUUCGUUCUGAGCCAAGAAGUAUUUUUGAGUACGAACCUGGGAAAUCAUCAAUUCUGCAGCAUGAAAGACCACCCCCUCUCCCAACAACUCCGACACCUGUUCCAAGGGACCCCGGCCGGAAGCCUAGUUCUAUGUCACCACAUGGAGAAGUUGCUGGUAGCCCUUCCCCUCCGCCCAGGAGUGGGCUCCCCACACCAGGCCCGAGCACCCCGGCUCUCUCUCCCAUCUGGCCUGACCGCAUACGUCCAGAUGACAUAGAUUUAGAAAAUGAGCCCUGGUAUAAAUUCUUUUCAGAACUGGAGUUUGGACGCCCGCCUCCUAAAAAGACUCUGGACUAUGUGCAAGAUCACUCUUCUGGUGUUUCCAAUGAGGCCUCCUUGUAUCAGUCCUCUAUAGACAGAACUCUGGAAAGGCCCAGUAGUUCUGCAAGCCUGGCCAGCGACUUCAGGAAAAGAAGGAAGAGCGAGCCCGCCGUGGGGCAGCCGCGGGGCCUGGGGGAUCCGAGGGCCAGCAGGACCAGCCCGGUGCGGGCAGACCUCCCGGGAGCCAGCGCCACCCUGACACAGCCUUUCAUUAGCUCCUCGCCUUCCUCCCCAUCCAGAGCAAAAGGUGGGGAGGAUGGCACAGUGUGCCCGUCCCUUUGCAGCUGCUCAGGGCUGCCCAGUAGCGCCUCGCAGGAGGCGGACGAAUGUAACCCUUACCGACAGCAGCACCUGGACGUCCCGCGGGACUCGCAGCGGGCCGCCGCCUUCAAGAACGGCUGGCAGAUGGCCCGGCAGAACGCGGAGGUCUGGAGCAGCACGGAGGAGACGGUCUCCCCCAAAAUCAAGUCCCGCAGCUGCGACGACCUCCUCACCGACGGCUGCGACGGCUUCCCGGACCCGCAAGCCAAGUCCGAGAGCCUGGGCUCGCUGCUGUGCCAGGAGGACGCCGCGGGGAGCUGCCCGCGCCCCUGGGCCGCCCCCUACCUCCCCGAGGCCCGCGGCGGCGACGGCCGAGCCCGGCUGCGCCACCACCGCUCCGCCCACGACGCCCCGGGCUUCCUCAAAAUGUACAAGAAAAUGCACCGCAUCAACCGGCAGGACCUGAUGACCUCGGAGGUGAUCUGCUCCGUCAAGUCGCGGAUCCUGCAGUACGAGAACGAGCGGCCGGGCUCGGGCCUGCUGCACGCGUGGAGCCAGCCCUCGGCCGAGGAGGUGCCCCGGGACAUGGUGCCCACGCGCAUCUCCGAGUUCGAGAAGCUCAUCCAGAAGUCCAAGUCCAUGCCCAACCUGGGAGGCGACACGCUGUCUCCCGUGAUCCAAGAAGUGCAGCAAAACGGCUUGUGCCCCAAGAGGCGCUUCUCCAUCGAGUCCCUGCUGGAGGAGGAAAACCAGGGCCGACGCCCUUGCCAGGGGCCGCAGAGCUUCCAGCCUCGGGCCCUGGUGCCCGUCCACAUCGAGGUCGUCUCCACCGACGAUGACCCCCCGAGGCCGCGCGUGGAGUUCUCGGACAGCGACCAGGACGGCGCGGGGUCCGACCACAGCGACUGCGUCCUCGUCGAAGGGUCGUCCUUCUGCAGCGAGAGCGACUUCGACCACUUCUCGUUCACGUCCUCCGACAGUUUCUACGGGCCCGGCCACCACCGCCACCACCACCACCACCACCACCGGCACCUGGUCAGCUCCUGCAAAGGCCGGUGCCCCGCCUCCUACACCCGGUUCACCACCAUGCGAAAGCACGAAAGGGCCAGACACGAAAAUACGGAGGACCCCCGACGGCAAGAACGGGACCCCGGCCUCUCCAAACUGGCGUUUCUGGUCAGUCCCGUGCCUUUCCGGAGGAAAAAAAAUUCCACUCCCAAAAAACAGGCCGAGAAGGCAAAGUGUAAAAAGUCCGUAUUUGAGGCCCUGGACUCUGCCCUCAAGGACAUCUGUGACCAAAUUAAGGCUGAAAAGAGAAGGGGGAGCCUGCCGGACAACAGCAUACUGCACCGUCUGAUCAGCGAACUGAUGCCAGACGUCCCCCAAAGGAACUCAUCCCUCUCGGCUCUGAAAAGGAGCCCCAGGCACCAGCCUUUCCACCCCCCGCCUCCAGAGGGCGCUACCCACUGUCCGUGGUACCUAAACGAUUGUGGGAGAAUGCUGCACAGCGCCUCUCUCCAGGACAUGGACCCCAAUAACAACUACCACCUCCAAAGCCAGGACAGGGCCCUGAGUCUCCAAGACCGCGAGUCCCCUAGAAGUUACUCGUCCACUUUAACCGACCUGGGGAGAAGUGCGCCAAGGGAAAGAAGAGGAACUCCAGAAAAAGAGAAUCUGCCUGCAAAAGCUGUUUAUGAUUUUAAGGCUCAGACAUCUAAGGAGCUGUCAUUUAAGAAGGGAGAUACUGUCUACAUCCUCAGGAAGAUUGAUCAGAAUUGGUAUGAGGGGGAGCACCACGGGAGAGUGGGCAUUUUCCCAAUCUCAUACGUAGAGAAACUCACACCUCCUGAGAAAGCCCAGCCCGCGAGACCGCCUCCCCCAGCCCAGCCUGGAGAAAUCGGAGAGGCUAUCGCCAAAUAUAAUUUCAACGCCGACACGAAUGUGGAGCUCUCGCUGCGAAAGGGAGAUAGAGUUAUUCUUCUCAAAAGAGUUGAUCAAAACUGGUAUGAAGGUAAAAUUCCAGGAACCAACAGACAAGGCAUCUUCCCUGUUUCCUAUGUAGAAGUCGUCAAGAGGAACACCGGCAAAGGUGCCGAGGAUUACCCCGACCCUCCCAUCCCCCACAGCUACUCCAGCGAUAGAAUCCACAGCCUGAGUUCAAACAAGCCCCAGCGUCCUGCGUUUACUCACGAAAACAUUCAUGGUGGCGGGGAACCGUUCCAGGCUCUGUAUAACUACACUCCUCGGAAUGAAGACGAGCUGGAGCUCAGAGAGAGCGACGUCAUCGACGUGAUGGAAAAAUGUGAUGACGGGUGGUUUGUGGGAACCUCAAGAAGAACCAAAUUCUUUGGUACCUUCCCCGGGAACUACGUCAAGAGGCUGUGAGCCACCCUCCCUCCUAUCAAAGCUGCGGUUCAGCACCACAUCUGCGUAACCUGCCCUCCAAGGUCCCCGCAGGCCCCCCGCUGUCAUGCCUUACGGUUUCCAAUAGAAGUCACCCGCCAUCACCAUCCCCACCCGCCACCCAACCACCAGCAACGUAACUGCCAGAGCUGAGCCCUGGGGAGACUGGCAGGCUGGUUCCAUGUGAAAGUGCAUUAUUCCUGCUUUCUGCUCUGAACUGACUGCUCUGUGUGAUGGGAUCAGAAAGAAAAUCAUUACACUUGAAAAGGGUUAACUGUCCAAGGCAGAGGAUGAGAGUGUCUCAAGGAAGCUCCCUGGCCCGCUUCAGAGUACGUCCCUCCCGUCAGGUGUCCUGAAGACGGUUUAUUACUUAAUACCACGGUGUGCAUUUUCACACUCUUAGCUUGGCAGUGUAUUUUCCUUUUCACGAGUUUGCCUAGUGUCCUCGUUUACACGACAUGACAACUGUACUUCAGCUAUUGUUUGCCUGCACUUCGAUGUUGUAAUAUGCACAGUGAUUACAAAACCUAAAGCAAGGGUAGGAAAGUUCAUUCGGAUGAGUGAGAUUUUGGGGGAUUGAAUGUGAGUUUUCAAUAGCAGUCUCUCCCUGCGAUUCUUUUGUACUUUUUAGAAGUGCAAACAGUAAGUGAAUAAAAGUUUUUGGUAAUAAUCAUGAGAAUAUAAGAGGUUUAGCUAGACUGCAAAAAAAAUAUUGUGUUGUAAAGUUGCAUUGCUAUUUUAUAUUAAAAUGUAAUAAUCAGCAUCAUGAACAAUGAGCUCUUAGUGUUUUAUUUAUCGGAUAAAAUUGAAAUAAAAGCAGUGUUAGUGAGAGGUGCAAAAAGUUAUUCUAACAUAGACACUUGAAAGUCUCUGUAAGCAAUAUUCAUAGGUAAGAUUUCACUGUGUGCUCACACACAUUUGCAAAUGUAUGAGUACAGACAAUUCGUGUGAUAUGUCGUACAGUUUAUGGAAAUGUAAAAGAAUACCACACUUUAUUUUAUAGAAAUAGAGUAAUUUAGAAGCAUCACAAGUAUUAAGGCUGGUUUUAGCAAGGGUUAUGAUCAAUACAAUUAUUUUUACUAUGAUAAUUAUUUUUCUUCUAUGGAACUCAGAAUCCUGGCUACAUUUGAGGACAGGAAUAUGUUGAGCCUGAUUUUCCUGGUGUGUGUACAAUAUUUCCUUGGAAUUCAUUAGGCACUUUUAAGAAGCAAUGUUAAAUCCUUCAGGUUGUAUUUCCUUCCCUGAAGUAGAAAUUGACAAAAUGAUGCUGGGACCGGAAAGAUUAGACAUGGUUUACAGUGCCCGAAUCACACACACCCUGAGAACUAGCUUUGUAUUUCUUAUGACUUUGCAUAAGAACUAUUCAUAUUUGGAUCUUGAGCACCUUAUAGAUAAAACUUUUUAUGAUAUUCUGUGGACAGUGACAGAUCUUUUCACAAUGUGUGUAGACUCUACAAUUUUGUACAUAUGUUUGCUCUUUUUUUUGUACAGACUAUUUAGUUGUUGAGAAAACAAGGGAAUUUCCUAAUUCGGUCUUCAUUCUUCCCUUCAACUGAGCUAAAGGCUGUCUUUUACCAAUCCCACAGAUGAUAAGCACACCUUGACAUUGUGAUUCUGUAAGACAGCAUUCAUGCAAAGUUCAUGAACUUAAAAGAUCUUAGCAGCCAAACUGAAAUGGAUGUAAAUAUCCAGUACCAAGGAAUUUCAGUAGGAAAAGGGUAAAGAAACAUCUUUGAGUAGCCUACCUUGAACACUGUCAAGUUCACAGCCAGCUUUAUAUUUUAAAGGCCUUUGUUUUGAAAUUAGGUCAGCCGCAUGCAGCUUUGCUGAUAAAUGAGUAACUAUCUUCCAUGCCAUUUAUGGGAAAGACUUCAAUAUCUGUUGCCUGUCAUAUUUAAGAAAAAAAUUACUGUUUCUACUCUCUGUAUCUGAUUUUAAAAGGAAAAAUAUUCACACCUGGUUUUCAGGUAAUUGACUUUGAAUUCUUACAAGCAAAGGUCAUUGUGUUUUUCUUGAAUAGACAUCUAAUAAAUUUUGCUUGGAAGUAUA